UGGUGUGUUUAUCAAACCUAUUUUUUUCCCCCGGCGCAGUAACGCUCUGUCUGUCUGGCAUUUGCGCUAAGGGCAUCGUUUUGCUCUGGUAACCUAUCACCCAGAUAUGCUUUUGUGACAGUCUCAAUGCAGCAGACUGAUAUCAGCGCUGUGGCCAGCUGUCGCACUCGACUAGUUGGAAUUGCUCCACCAUACGCCCGCACCAGAGACACACGUAGCCACCGCGGUGUGGCGCGCAUCCGUCCCUCCGCAUCCAACCCCCCCUUUCACUGGCAGGCAGCAAGAACCGGUGGAGACACCGAAAUCGUUUCACUCAGGCUCCAAACCGGACGUCGCCAUCGAUCGAGUGUAGUCGCACGAGGGCAGGGUGCAGGAUCACCAUGGCAGCUAUGGGACCAGGGGGCAAAGGGCAGGAGAGCCUCCCCCCACCGGCACCACUCACCUGUCCCUCCAGGGAGGGCCCGCGGCCCGGAGAGCCCAGACCGGAGGGACUGGUGCACAUGCAGUGUCGUGGGAAGGAGGUCCCUGCCGAGACAGAGAGGAAAAGUCAUAAGGACGUGAAGGAGACAAACUUGGAAGGGCUAGUAUUUGUGCCCCAUGGGAGGGCAGAAGUGGGCUGGACCCAUGUCUCUUCCCCCCAGCAGACUACAAGUCCCACAAUGCCCUCCUGCCAAGGCUCCACCCCUUGCAGUUUCCGGAGCCCGGGGUCAGUGGACAUGGACGAGAUCAUGGCCGCCAUGGUUCUGACCAGUUUGUCCUGCACCUCGGUGGUCCAUGACUCUCCUCACAGUUACAUUGACCCGGUACCAGCGUCAUCGUCAGGGGGUGGAGACAUGGAGUGUGGGGGCGGGGAGCUGUCUGACAGUGGAAGCAGUGGCUACUGGAGCUGGGACCAUGGCAACGUUAGUCCCGCCCCCUCCCCGUCUGUCGCGGAGAUGGACAGCAGUCCAGACGAAGGUCUGCACAUGGAACUGGAGCAGGGGGAGGAGCUUAACCAUGCCAAGAGGUCAAAGAGUGGUUUCAGAGGGGGGUACAGGUGUCUGUGGCCUGGCUGUGGAAAGGUGCUGACGUCUUCCGUGGGGAUGAGGAAACAUGUUCGCCUGUUACACCUGGGGAGUGGAUCGGAACACUCUCAGAGAGAGGAGGACUUCUACUACACAAAGAUCUCCUGUGAAGUCCCCUCAGCGGACCACCCUGUCUCCUCCAUCCCACCGGCACCACCAGCCCCCGUCUUGACCUCGUCUCCUCCCGGUGCCGGGCUUCAGAUCCCGUCCACCUCGUCAGGGAGCUCCAGACCGGGCCCCGACCCGGUCCAACCCAGCGCCCUCAGCCAGUCUGCCCCCAGCUCCUUCUGGCAGAUACAGACAGAGCACCUCUACCCGGCCUGCACUCCCAUCCGGGGGGGUGUGGCCUCUUGCAGCCCUGCACUCUGUCAAUGGACUCCACCUCCUCUAACCGCCACUAGACCGCACAGCCAUACCAACACCCAGGUAGCGACCGUUCGCUGCAGGUCUGUGAGUGUAGGCGAACAGUGGCUUCAACAGAACAGUGCCACCAGCAGGCUGACUACCAUGACUGCAGCUUCUCCAUCACGUUCUCACUGCUCUUUCAGUCGCAAGGCACGAGGCGAGGCCAAGAAAUGCCGUAAGGUGUACGGCCUGGAGCACAAGGACCAAUGGUGCACCUCCUGUCGCUGGAAGAAGGCGUGCCAACGCUUCCCCGACUGAACGACCGCACGAAUGAAUGACGGCGAAAUGAGAGACUUGGGGGGGGGGGAAGGACACAAACGCGAUCAGAGCCUGUAAACCAUCAAGAACAAAAACUUUUCUACCUUUUUUCCACACUUUUAGGAGUAGAGUGAUUCCUCUUCUUUCUUUUUUUUUGCUGUCGUAGCAGUUGACCCGAGAUGUUCAGUAGAUUAUUGUGCGAUGGUGCUGCUAGCUUGUAGUUGACAGUGUCUACAUGUAGUAGGUCUUCCUUCUUAGCCUGGUUCCUUAUCUGUUUGUGGUGUAUAGCAUGAUGACAAACAUAGGAGUUCGCUAUGAUCCCCCUUGGGACUUUAAGGGCCCAGGCUAGUAACCCAGGGUAAUGUUCUGGUCCACACUCUGUGCCAUGCAAUAUUUCUAAAGACUCUGACUAGCCUAUCGGGGCACCUUUUGUACUUGCCCAAUCUGGAAAGAACUAGCCUUUGGACUAACCGGCUACUUUACUUUUAAAUACUAGCCUAGUCUUUUCGUUUGUCUUCUAUACAGCACAAACAAAUCUUGCAGCUGGUCUCAUCCUUUCCACUACAAAUGUUUCACCAUCCACUGUAAUGCAGCUCUCUUCCAACUCUUUCCUGCUCUGUCUACAGUGGUUAUGGAAUGCCUAUACCUCUAUGGCAUGCUGUUUAGGAGUUUUUCCCUUUAGACUGUUUUGUAUUUUUAUCUCUUUUUUUUUUUUAUUAUUGUGUUUUCAUCAGACUUAUGUUUUGGCACAGUUUAUUGCAUUGUAUUUUACAAGGAUAAUGACGAAUAAGCUAUAUUUGGUUUGACUCAUUGCUGUGGUUCAAAUUGAGUCAGUUCCUGUCACACGGUGUUGCCCAUUUGGCAAACAGUGUUGUAGUCCUGUUUCUAUAAGCUAAUACUUGGUUGGGGUCUGUUCGAAGUGAAGUCAUUUGAUUCCAAAAUUACACAGAGAUGUAAAUUCAAUAAUUGUUGAGAAUAAUCCUCAACUAUUUCUGAAUAAAUUAAAAGAGAGAAGCUAUUUGUUUACAAAGCUUUUCAGAUUGUUCAUUCUUUAUUCAAAUAAUUUCCCGAAUUGAGUGAAUUCAUUUCGAAUUGAACCAGAACCUUCCAUUGGACCACUUCCAGGGAUCAGGCAAUCUUAGACAGCUUUGUAACCGCCUUCUAGGAAUUAAGAAACAUAUUGUCUAACGUUAUUACAAAACACAAUCAAAUAAAGUACCAAAAAAAUAAACAAUGAAAA